AUGAGAGAAAUAGUACAUAUACAAGCUGGUCAAUGUGGUAACCAAAUUGGUGCUAAAUUUUGGGAAGUAAUAUCUGAUGAACAUUGUAUAGAUGCUUCCGGAACAUAUUACGGUGAUAGUGAUUUACAACUUGAACGAAUAAAUGUUUAUUAUAAUGAAGCUACCGGUGGUAAAUAUGUUCCAAGAGCCGUAUUAGUUGAUUUAGAACCGGGUACAAUGGAUGCCGUAAGAGCUGGUGCAUUCGGACAAAUAUUUAGGCCAGAUAAUUUUGUAUUUGGUCAAUCUGGAGCCGGGAAUAAUUGGGCUAAAGGACAUUACACCGAAGGUGCUGAAUUAGUUGAUUCAGUAUUAGAUGUUGUCCGAAAAGAAUCUGAAGGAUGUGAUUGUUUACAAGGUUUUCAAUUAACACAUUCUCUUGGUGGUGGUACUGGAUCAGGUAUGGGUACACUCUUAAUUUCGAAAAUUCGUGAAGAAUAUCCUGAUCGAAUUAUGAAUACAUUUUCUGUAGUACCAUCACCAAAAGUAUCUGAUACAGUUGUUGAACCAUACAAUGCAACAUUAAGUGUACAUCAAUUGGUAGAAAAUACAGAUGAAUCAUUUUGUAUUGAUAAUGAAGCUUUGUAUGAUAUCUGUUUUCGAACAUUAAAAUUAACUACACCAACAUAUGGUGAUUUAAAUCAUUUAGUAUCAGCUACAAUGUCUGGUGUAACUACAUGUCUUAGAUUCCCGGGUCAAUUAAAUGCUGAUUUAAGAAAAUUAGCAGUAAAUAUGGUACCAUUUCCACGUUUACAUUUCUUUAUAACUGGAUUUGCACCAUUAACAUCUAGAGGCUCUCAACAAUAUAGAGCUCUUACUGUUCCAGAAUUAACACAGCAAAUGUUCGAUGCAAAAAAUAUGAUGGCUGCUUGUGAUCCAAGACAUGGAAGAUAUUUAACAGUUGCUGCUAUAUUUCGAGGUAGAAUGUCAAUGAAAGAAGUUGAUGAACAAAUGUUAAAUAUACAAAAUAAAAAUAGUAGUUAUUUUGUUGAAUGGAUUCCAAAUAAUUGUAAAACAGCUGUAUGUGAUAUUCCGCCAAGAGGUUUAAAAAUGUCAGCAACAUUUAUUGGUAAUUCAACAGCAAUUCAAGAAAUUUUUAAAAGAAUUUCUGAACAAUUUACAGCAAUGUUUAGAAGAAAAGCAUUUCUUCAUUGGUAUACUGGUGAAGGUAUGGAUGAAAUGGAAUUUACUGAAGCUGAAAGUAAUGUGAAUGAUUUAAUUUCUGAAUAUCAACAAUAUCAAGAAGCAACUGCUGAUGAAGAAGGUGAAUUUGAUGAAGAAGAAGAAGGCGGUGAAGAAUAA